AAGAAUUCUUAUCCCUGAAAAGUCUCUCACCCCUUUCCGUGAAGUGGGAGGGUCCACCGGUAAAAUGGCGGCUAACUUUGAGCUGGUUUGCUCCGCGAAGGCAAACGGAGUCAUUCCUGUCGACAAAUAUCGCUCCAAUGCGACAGGACUUACCGUGUGCAUAGCUCAGGUCGAGGGGCCACUCGUAAAGGGAUAUUUCUGCCUUGCUACGGAGGCCCAUGAUGAUGAUGGCUUACCUCACACAUUGGAACAUCUGGUCUUCAUGGGAAGUGAAGACUAUCCAUAUAAGGGAGUGUUGGAUCUGUUGGCCAACAGAUGUCUGGCUCAGGGCACCAAUGCCUGGACAGACACUGACCACACAGCCUACACUGUAACUACUGCAGGCAGUCAGGGCUUCCUCAACCUGCUACCCAUCUACCUGGACCAUGUGCUGUACCCAACACUUACGGAUUCAGCAUACAUCACAGAGGUUCACCAUGUGAAUGGUGAGGGUGAGGACGCAGGUGUGGUGUACUGUGAGAUGCAGGCACGUGAGAACACCGGGGAGAGUAGGACCUACCUGGAGAUGCUCAGGAGCAUGUACCCAGGACACUGUGGGUACAAGUCUGAGACUGGAGGAAUGUUGGAGAACCUCAGGACCAGCACCUCACACAAAAAGGUUGUUAACUACCACAAGGCUUUCUACCGCCCAGAGAACCUGUACCUGGUCAUCACAGGACAGGUGAAGGCAUCAGAUGUCUUCCAGGUGCUGGGGCCUUUUGAGGAGAAAAUCCUGUCCAAGGGUGGUCUCCCUCCCUACAAGCGCCCCUGGCAGAACCCCAUCCCUCCCCUGCCUGCCUCCGUCACCCACACUGUGCAGUACCCUAGUGAUGACGAGGCUAAUGGGAUGGUCAGGAUGGCCUGGAGGGGACCAAAAUCAGAUGAGCUGUAUCAUAUCCCAGCUAUAGCCACCAUGCUGGAGUACAUGACAGACACAGCCAUCGCACCACUGCAGAGGGAACUGGUGGAGACAGAGGACCCUUACUGUAACAGGGUGUCCCACAGUCUGAUAGAGAAUGCAGAAUGCUGUGUGUACUUACACCUCAGUAACGUACCCAGCGCCAAACUCAGGGUCCUCAAGGACAAAGUCUUGUCAGUUCUGAAAGGCAUAGCGGAUGGUACUGAGAAGUUGGACAUGGAGCGGAUGGGUACUGUUGUACACAGGCAGAUCCUACAGGCCUUAAACCAUAUAGAGGACCAACCCCACGACACAGUGGCUUUCCACUGCAUUGGAGACUUCCUAUAUGGGACCAGUAAUGAACAGAUGACUGAGCGGCUGAACAACAUCAACUACUACCGCAGGCUGGCCAAGGAGCCGCUGGAGUUCUGGACUAACCUGCUGAAGAAAUAUUUCACUCAGGCUUCACUUGUUACUAUCAUAGGAGAGCCCAGCACAGACAUGAGGGAUGACAUGGCAGAGGAGGAGAAGCAGAGAAUAGAGGGACAGAGAGAAGAGCUGGGGGAGGAGGGACUUCGUAAGAUGGAGAAGAUGUUGGACAAGGCUACAGAAGACAAUGAGAAAGAGGCUCCUUUAGAGAUGUUGAGCAGCCUGGAUGUGCCUGACACAGACACUAUCCAGUUCCACCCCAUUAAGACAGCCAGCACACACGACAAGAAUGCCAGGAACAGGAUCCCCCAGUUCCCCCUGGACGGCCUCCCAUUCACCUUCCAGCUGGACCACAUCCACACCAACUUUGUGCAGCUCUGUGCCCUUCUGGAUAGCAGCAAAGUUCCCCAGGACCUCAGGCCGUACCUGUGUCUGUACAUAGAGGUUAUUCUGGAGUCUCCUGUACUCAGGGACGGAGUGGUUGUCUCUCACGAGGAUGUGAUCCGUGAGCUGGCGGCCGACACCCUGACCGCCGAGACCUCCCUGGGGGUGGGGGGGAACAGGUUUGCCUGCGGGCACUUUGCUCAGGUCGUGACCCUGGCACUGAAGUUGGAAAUGGAGAAGUACACCAAAGGAGUGCAGUGGUUACGUGAGCUGCUGUUCCAGACACAGUUCACCACAGAGCGCCUGAAGAUCAUCGCCACCAAGAUGGCCAACGAUGUGGCCAGGCAGAAGAGGAGUGGGGCCAAAGUGGCCAGUACUAUCAUCAACGACAUGAACUUCCAGUCAGAGAGUAACAUCCAUGCCUCCAACAUGAUGCGGCAACACAAGUUCCUAACAGAACUCCUGGAGAAACUGGAGGGAAAACCUGAGAAGGUUCUGGAGAAGAUGAACCAGUUACGAGCGCUCCUGACAGAUCCUGCGUCCCUCAGGGUUCACAUGUCAGCCGACGUGCAGAAACUUGCGGGCGUGGGGUCGCCACGGAAACCCUGGGAUAACUUCAUCAGCAAAGAGCUUCUGAGUGAGAAAUCCAGUACUGGUGAGUUACAGCACUCCUACAACCUGCUGAAGUCACUGGACAAAGGUUCAGCCAUGGGGACCAUCGUAGGUGUAGGGGCUGUGGAGUCAUCCUUCCUGGUACAGACUGUGCCCUGUAUCACCUCACACAGUCAUCCUGACCUGGCAGCCAUCUUAGUCUUCAUAGAGUACCUCACUGCCUUAGAGGGACCAAUGUGGAGGCAGAUCAGGGGCCUUGGCCUGUCGUACCACUACAGUAUCAAGGUGACCCCCUCCCAGGGCCUGAUGUCCUUCAUACUGUACAAGUCUGCUCAGCUGGUGCAGGCUUACAAAGUGGGCAAGGACAUAGUGGAAGAGUACUUGGACGGGAGUGCAGAGUUCGAGCCUGUGCAGGUAGAGGCUGCCAUCAGCAGUGUGCUGUCCUCCAUUAUCGAGCGUGAGGAGAGUGUGGGAGACACCUCCAUGCAGUCCCUCCUGUCAUACUUCAGGGGAGUCGGCUCCAGCUACAACAGGGAGCUCCUAGCCAAGAUCUCCAAGGUGAAAGUCUCAGACCUGAAGCGUGUAGGGGCAGAGUACUUCACCCCGCUGUUUGACCCGAGUAAGGCCAGAGUGUCCGUCUGCUGUAACCCCUCCAAGGUGGAGGAGACCAAGGCUGGCUUCGAAGAGCUUGGUAGGGAGCUUGUGGUGAUGGAGUCUCUGGAAGAGGCCUACAAAGAUGAUGACUAGUGACGGGGACACAAUCGAUCUUAUGCUGCUUUGUUAAUGUGAAGAAUGGUGACAACAUGUGUUCAGCUCAGGACCAAGUAUAGAGAUGUAGCAACAAGACAGUAGAUGACAUAACAAUAUAAGAUAGGUUCAUUGCAGUAAUUCAAUUUAUAAAAGCUCCUUGAGUUAUUUGAUGUCUAAAGUUCAUAUAUAUGCAUGGAAAAUAUUUUGACCAUAUUCUGUCUCGUGAAUUAAUAUUCACUUACAAGGAGUCUAGACAUUAACAUGGGAUAAUAUUAACUAAUGGCAGAGAUGACAUACAUUGAUGAUCAAUAGGCAGAAAAGUAGUUUUCACAGGGAUUUUAAGGGCAUGAUGAUUCUGAUCUACUUAUUGAUGCAUAUGUUACAGUCAAACUGUUAAAAAUGUCCUAUUUGCUGCAAGCAAAUUAUUACAAUGGUGCACGUCUAUGUUGAUUUCACCAUAAAUGUUAAAAUGGAAUUCUUGACUAUAUUUAUAUACUGUGUACACCUACAUGUACAUGUACAUUAUAUACACUCAGUCUGGUAAAUGCAGGUAAAACCAUUUAUUGAAUGUUAUCUGUUUUGUUGGUGAAAACGUAUCAGUCUUUUGAAAUUCAUCCAGUGUGUGUUGUGCAUAGGCAUUAGUGACAGCAUACUAAUGUUACAUGUACAUGACAUGCUUUCAUUCUCUCACCCAAUUGUUAUUGGCAGGAAAUGCAUUUAUCGACAAGCUAUAACAUUGCUGCUGCAAACACGAUGGCUCUAUGUUUAGUACUUAUUACAAGAUCACAUGUUUGUACACGCUGGUUUACAUCCAUUGAAUAUUUAAUUAUCUUGUGUAAAAUCCUUUAACUUAAGAGCAAAAAUGUAGCUUUGUCAUAGAUUGUAUUCAAUUGCUAUACACAUACUGUAUUCACUAGAAAAAUGAAUUUCUGUAACUAGAGGUUAUUCUGGAGUCUCUUGUCAUCCACCAGAGUUCCACUAGUAAGAUGUCAUUUCACCUUAGUAUCAAUGAACUUGUUUAUUGAUAUUUCUGAUUUGGUUCUUCUUGCCAGAUGAAGUCAACUAAUUUUUCAGAAAUGUUGUCUGAUCAUUUUUAGAAACUGUCACAGCAGUUUGCCAUAUAUCCUUGUACAUGUACAUCUACAUGUACUUUCAUAAGGCAUUAUACCAAUAUGUAGCAGGUGCUGGUAUUCAGGUGUGGAGUGUUCUGGUGUUCAUUAGGUUUUUUUGUUCCUAUGUUUAUGACACGAGGUGAUCAAUGACAGAAGGCUGCUUCUGAUAAAUGAAUUUAAAAAUAACACAAGAAAAUAAAGUAAUUUCAAGGUG